UCGGGCCGGCAGCAGUAGCAACGACCGCGGCGGUGCCGGAGGGAACCUCCGUGCUCGGCUCCACGGUGCCGGUGACCUUCCCGGAGCUGCUCGCCAGGCCGGGGCAGGGCCUCCUCUCCCCGCGGAGAGCGUGCACCAGGCCCCGGGGAGAGGACAGGAGGCUGGGCCGGAAUCCCCCGUCGCCCACGGGUCCUCCUGGCCGCCGGCGGGGCCUGUGCGCCGCGCGGUUCGCCGCCGGCGAAAGGGGCGGGGGAAGGCGAGCGGGACGGACAGGCGGACGGGGCCGGGCUGCACCUCGGGACAGCGCGGAGCGGGCAGGCCCCGGAGAGAGCUGAGCUGGGCGGCGGAGGAGGCGGCCACCUCGGCGGCGCAUCCCGGGAAGAGUCGGGACCUCCCCACCGCCCUCCUCCUCCUCCCACCGUCAGCAGCUCCUCGUCCCGCGGAGAGUGGAGCCGCCAGUGCCGCCCCGGCUGUGAUCCGCUGGCUGACACCUCCGGAGAGCGGGGCUGCGGGCACGGAGCUGGAGCUGCCCGCCUGGAGCGGAGGAGGAGGAAGGACCACUUGCCUGCGCGGAGCAGCGGGCGCUGAGCGCCCGUCCCGGCGGCCCGGGAACCACCCGGGGAAGGGAGUAAUAUGUGGGAGGCUGUGGACUAUUUGCUUCCGACAUAGGAACAACAUUGGGCUUGGAAUCUGCACUCCUGAGAGAAUGCUGGGAAUCUGCAGAGGGCGACGGAAAUUCCUGGCUGCCUCUCUGACCGUCCUUUUUGUCCCAGCCAUUACAUGGAUUUAUCUGUUUGCUGGGAGUUUUGAAGAUGGGAAGCCAGUGUCGCUGUCUCCACUUGAAUCCCAGCCCCACAGUCCUCGGUACACAGCGUCGAGCCAGCGGGAGCGCGAGAGCUUGGAAGUCCGCAUGCGGGAGGUGGAGGAGGAGAACCGCGUGCUGCGCAAGCAGCUCAGCCUGGCACAGAGUCGCAGCCCCUCUCACCACCAUGGCAAUCACUCCAAAACCUACUCCAUGGAAGAGGGGACAGGUGACAGCGAGAGCCUGCGGGCUGGCAUUGUGGCAGGGAACAGCUCUGAGUGUGGGCAGCAACCAGCAGUGGAAAAGUGUGAGACUAUCCACGUUGCCAUUGUUUGUGCAGGGUACAAUGCCAGUCGGGAUGUUGUCACACUUGUCAAGUCUGUCUUAUUUCACAGGCGAAACCCACUCCACUUUCACCUCAUCGCAGAUGCAAUUGCCAAACAGAUCCUGGCAACUCUAUUCCAGACAUGGAUGGUCCCUGCUGUGCGCAUAGACUUCUAUGAUGCAGAUGAGCUCAAGUCGGAAGUGUCUUGGAUCCCCAACAAACACUACUCUGGGAUUUACGGGCUGAUGAAGUUGGUUCUGACUAAGACUCUACCUUCUAAUCUUGAGCGAGUCAUUGUCCUCGACACAGACAUUACAUUUGCCACUGACAUUGCUGAGCUAUGGGCCGUCUUUCACAAGUUCAAAGGGCAGCAAGUUCUUGGCUUAGUAGAGAACCAGAGUGAUUGGUAUUUGGGCAACCUUUGGAAGAAUCAUCGACCCUGGCCAGCACUUGGGAGGGGCUACAACACAGGGGUUAUCUUGCUGCUUCUUGAUAAGUUACGGAAGAUGAAAUGGGAGCAGAUGUGGAGACUCACAGCAGAGCGGGAGUUAAUGAGCAUGUUAUCCACCUCACUGGCUGACCAGGAUAUCUUCAAUGCAGUCAUCAAACAAAAUCCCUUCCUUGUCUACCAGCUCCCAUGUUUCUGGAAUGUGCAGCUUUCUGAUCACACCCGUUCCGAGCAGUGCUACAGAGAUGUAUCUGACCUGAAGGUGAUUCACUGGAACUCACCAAAGAAGCUGCGAGUGAAAAACAAGCAUGUGGAGUUUUUCCGCAACCUCUACCUGACAUUCCUGGAAUAUGAUGGGAAUUUGCUGAGACGGGAACUCUUUGGCUGCCCCAGUGAGGCAGACAUUAACAGUGAAAAUCUCCAGAAACAGCUAUCUGAGCUGGACGAGGAUGACUUGUGCUAUGAGUUUCGUCGAGAACGUUUCACCGUCCAUCGCACUCAUUUGUAUUUUCUACAUUACGAAUACGAGCCUGCUUCAGACAACACUGAUGUAACACUGGUGGCACAACUUUCAAUGGACAGGCUCCAGAUGCUUGAAGCCAUCUGCAAACACUGGGAAGGUCCAAUCAGCCUGGCACUCUAUCUUUCUGAUGCAGAAGCCCAGCAAUUUCUGCGCUACGCUCAGGGCUCAGAAGUACUGAUGAGCCGCCACAAUGUUGGCUACCAUAUCGUGUACAAGGAGGGCCAGUUCUAUCCUGUGAAUCUGCUAAGGAAUGUGGCCAUGAAACAUAUCAGCACACCAUAUAUGUUUCUGUCUGACAUUGACUUCUUGCCCAUGUAUGGACUCUACGAGUACCUCAGGAAGUCUGUCAUCCAGCUAGACCUAGCUAACACCAAGAAAGCUCUAAUUGUACCUGCUUUUGAGACCCUACGCUACCGCCUCUCCUUCCCCAAGUCAAAAGCAGAGUUGCUGUCUAUGUUGGACAUGGGAACCCUCUUCACAUUCAGGUACCACGUCUGGACGAAAGGGCACGCGCCAACCAAUUUUGCCAAGUGGCGAACAGCCACCACCCCCUACCGCGUUGAGUGGGAAGCAGACUUUGAGCCAUACGUCGUCGUGAGGAAGGACUGCCCGGAGUAUGACAGGCGGUUUGUUGGAUUUGGCUGGAACAAAGUAGCUCACAUCAUGGAGCUGGAUGCACAGGAGUACGAGUUCACGGUGCUGCCCAACGCCUACAUGAUCCACAUGCCGCACGCCCCCAGCUUCGACAUCACCAAGUUUCGCUCCAACAAGCAAUACCGCAUCUGUCUCAAGACCCUGAAGGAGGAGUUCCAGCAGGACAUGUCGCGCCACUACGGCUUUGCAGCCCUCAAAUAUCUCACGGCAGAGAACAACAGCUAGCACCACAGAACCCGUGUACGGGAAACAGGGACACCGGAGGGAAGAGCCACUCAUCGUGUGGGGCCCAGUCAUCAAAUUUUGAACUGAGAAAUACUUUCUGUUUUUAUAUCAUACUUGGCAGUUCUAACAGUAGAAAUUUGAAGUGACAUGUCUUCGGACUGUGCUCAUUUGUCCCUUCCCCAAUUACCCCAGGCCUUUUGGCUUUAGCAUUCUUGAGGUGUCUGCGUGUAGGGCCGGCCAAGCGCCCUCCAUGCCACUGAAGGUGGGGACUGGGCAGGGACUGGGAAUGCACUCCGCUCUCUUAACUGCAGAGCAAAGACAGACCUUCAGAACAUAGAAUUUCAUGUUGCUAUUUAAUAAUUUGACAUGCUUUUUAUCUGUAAAGGAAGAUCUUCGGGUCGCUGUCCUGUGAAUUUCAAAUCUGCACUACUCUAAAAGGGAACUUUCACCUGUGAACUUUCACAGGGGCCCUGUUAACAUGGAUGACCUUGCUAAUGCAGGAUGAGCCAAAGGUCUGAAUUAGCCUUGAAAACACAGGGGACGCUUAUACAAUACUGCACUCCCGAGAAGCUGUGUUACUGGUUUAGGUGUAUACAUGAUAUCGGUUGGUCUUUUAUUCUCAAAUUAGUUGUUUUAUCAGGAAAAUCUCCUAUACCCCACCCUGCCUUUGCCCCACUCCUAAAUGCUGCUCCUUUCCUUGCCAAGGAAAUGUCUCCCUUGUGUUUCUUCCCCAUCUUCAAUUUUGGUGGACCAGUAAAGAAGAUCAGUAGCUCGGUUAGAAAGUGAACAAAACUUGUCACUGUAAGGUCUGUUUUCACCAGAUCAACUUGUUCACAUGUGUCUACUUAAGAUAAAGGGUCUGGUUCUAUCUUUAUCUUUUUCAGGCAAGAAUCGGAUUUUACCUAUAAGGCACAUUGUACCAGGGGAAUAUUGAUUUGUAGGCUCACUUCAGUGCUGCCCAAACGUGAAGGCUCUGGGCCUUAGGCUUUAAGUGGACUACUUUGCUGAACAGGGAAUAAAAACUAGUAAAAAGGCAACUAGUAGCCUUGGUGCUCUCCUGCUGCCUGCUGCAAGGUCUCAGAACUACUUCGUUAAAGGAGUUUAUAAUUAAAAGGAGCAGAACUGUUAGGAAUAAACUCCCCAUUCGAGGGGGAGAAAAGAAUGUGUUGGGAAUCUGAGUGAGUGUUUGCUUGAACGUGGACUGGUCAAGUUCACCAUCGGUACACACAGGAGUAUGCUGGAGGGCGAACAGGAAACCUAACAAGCAAAAUGCAGAAAACAAGACACUGGACUUUUUGCCAUUUUCUUUAUCUUCAGUAUUAAUGUUGUGUUUACAUGGGAUGAAGAAAUGAGGUUUAAUGCACUACCCCUUGCAGGGCUAUUUGUAAUUUCUGUUGCAAUGUUAAUAGAGAAAGCAGAAACAACUCAGUGAGAAAUGUGUUCUGUCUCCCUACCCCAGAUCCCCGUACAACCGCACAUACCAAUACUACUGCCUGAGUUGGGAAAUGAAUCCACAUUGCGUUCUGCUCAUUUUUUUUCCAUUUCGUUUUUCAGCCACUGGACCUUCUACUUUCCUCCCCAUCUCAUCCCUCUAGAGCUUGGUUUUUCUAACCUGACAUUUUGUGAGAGCUUUCUGUUACGGUGGAAACCACGCAGUUUAAACCAGACAUUUAAACUACAAAUACCAGUUCAUCAUUCUCUGUAUAUAUAAGAAAAUCCAAAAAAGGCAACAUCUUUGAGAAGAAAUAAAAAGGGGCGGGAGUCAUGUGUAGUUUUCUCUUUUUCUCCUGGGAGUGUUGGCUGCGUAAGAAUAUAUCACUGCAUAAUUUUCCAAAGAGCUUUUUUUCUCUUCCUAAUAGCUUCAUGUAAAGAUUUACAUAAAAAGCUAGAAAGGGUGGGGAAGAAGUGAGUGCUCAGUUCUGGCUAAGAUAUAUUCUUUUAAAAAAACCAAAAUCUUAACUCCCCAGAUCCCGUAUUAUUCACCAUUAAGGGCUCAGGUCACUGUGCUUAUUCAGAAUGAGAAGAACCCUGCAGCACAGAGUCCUGUUGAUUAGCUGAUGUGCAGAAAGAUACCAAAAGCUGACCUGAGAGAGUCCAACACUGCUUAUACCUACAUAAAAUCUCAAAUCAGAGCUUCAGUGUGGCCACCAUUAUGUUUCAUGAGUAUUAAAAACUUUCAUUGCCAGAUGUACAUUUCUCCUUACCCUGCAGCAGCACAGCCUGUAGCACGGACCUGAAUAUUAUUUGUAUGUACCAUUAUCAACAUUCUUCUCAUUAUUCUCUUCUCACUGAUCAUGUGAUGAGGAUGGGGGGAGUGGGGAGGUAAUAAUUUGCUACUUGCCUGAGUGUACACUGAGUUCUGGGACCUCCGGGGUAGGUUUAGGUGUGCUGGCUGGUGUAACCAGCUCAAAGAUUGGUAGUAGGUACAAAAAGUCCCUUUUUUUUCCUUAAAGACACUGUACUGAUUUGUAUCUGUCAUGUCAUGUUUGUGCUUCAUAAUUUGAGAGGUGUGGGGAUUAGGUUUUUUUAGUACAUUUCAUCCAAUUUACCUAAUAGUGAGUUAGUCUGGCUGUAACUGCCAGGGCUGCUCCAACACCAUGAAAGAAAACACCACUGACAACAACAAAAAUCCCCAACUCAGUUAUAACUGACUGUCUUCCAGUCCUCUGCUGUAGUAUUUGCUAGCAAUUUUGUUACUUAUUUAUCAGUUUUCUCCUGAAAUCAUCAAGAAAUAGCAGAAAAACCUGGUGACUUAAUGCCUUUGUUUUAUUGCUUUGUUCCACCAACUUCUCUCUUGAGUCUUCAGUCUAUGACCUCUCCUUAUCUCUGAUAUUUGGAAAGUGUGAGUCUCUCACUUAGGUAUCGCUCCAGCACCCUCUCAGUGAAGACUGAUGCAAAUAAAUCAUUUAGAUUCUU